AUGAUUUUAGGUUCUCCCUAUCAAACUAUAUUGACUCUGACAACGAGUGCUUUCCACUAUCCACCUUUCGCAUUGAUAUCGCAACGGGCUGUACCUCAUCAACCUCAUCUUUCACUACAGCUGCGUACAUCUCCCACAGGAGCUGAAGACAAGGAUCAGGAUAUGUAUUCGAGAGAUAGAGACAGACUAUCCAUUGAUACGUUCACUAUAGGGUUGGAUAGAGAUGCACUAUUCUCUAGGAAGAAUGAUGUGGCGAAUUUAUUGAAGCAUUUAGGUCCAGCUGUAGAGGAUAGAGAAGAAGGGAUAAGUUCAAUAUGUGAUUAUAUCGAAGGGAAGAGGAGUAAAGGCAAGAAUGAUGAAGAAAUCAGAAGGAAGUUAGGUAUCUUGGAAGCUAUGGUUCCAGCUGGUUUAGGAGAUGUGUUCGUCAAUGCAUCCCUACGGUCUGGCUUAGCAUUAAAAAUCACUCAGUGCCCUCCAUUCCCGAUACGACCCGUGCACAGAGCCAGAAUAUCAUUAUCAUCAAUGAUGACCUCCUCGUCCUCCUCGUCGCGUCAUUCUCUGGUACCAGUCCCCGUUCUCAGUUCAGCUAUACUGGAGUCACAUCCAUGUUCAGCGUUGUCAGACUCCUCAGAGGAACCCUCUGCAGCAAAUUCGUUAUCUCCUACCUCAAAUUAUCCAUCUUCAUCAUCUCCUUCCUCAUCCUGCUUCUGUCGAAACUCACCGGACCAUGGGAUCUCACCACUACCACCUUUAACUUCCGACCCUGAUUCCCCAUCUACGCCUCUCACCUACCCAUCAACAUCAUCUUUAGGUAGAGCUCCAACCUUGCUUAGUCCACUAGCAUUAGGAGGUUGGGGUAGACAAUGGGAGAGAUCGUUCCUAUUUCGAACAAAGCCACAAUCAGAUGGCAAUAGGAUUAAUUUAGAAAGAUUUCCUAUUCCUCCUGAACAUACUCCUUCACCUUCGAUCCCGAGUCCAGAUCGCAAUUCAGAUGUGAACUCUAGUUGUUCGAUACCGCCUUCAUCGUCUGCCUCAUGGAUCGAAAACAAGGAAAGACCAAAAAGAUCAGUUUACGUCCAUGCGUUGACUAAGGGAAAGCAAGUCCCAUUACUGGGAAUCGAUGUUAACAUAUCACAACCACGUUCAAGCUAUUUCAUUGCAGGAGAUAUAUCUCCCAUCGACCCUGACCCAGGAUAUGGGGUAUCACCCACCAAAUCGGGAAUGACAGAGAGAACUCUAGAUCAAUCAUGGCUUUCAAUCUCAGAUGACAGUAUGAACCUUCCUUCAUCAAGCUUUGCCUCUGUUUCAGACGACUCUGAAAACAGGUGGGAAUGGGAGGAUCCGAGAGCACUAGACGAUGAACAGAAGACUGUCACAGGUGUAGAAUCAAGUAGAUGGAGUGCUAUUUGGUCUGAUAUGUCUUCAACGGAAAUGCCCGAUCAAGGUAUAUCACAUCUUCCAACUGAAGCCUCGAUGAUCAGAGAUGCCUAUCUAAACAUGAUCCAGCCUUCCAAAUUGUCGAAUAUGCCAGGUCCCGAACAAGGGGAUUCCCAAACAUUACUGAUGGCAUAUGCUUAA